UCAGGACAUGCAAUUUUCAGUUUUUUACAUUCCUUUGGGUUUCAAGUUCCUUUCGCUUUAUAUUUUAUGCAAAAGAUUGGAAGAAAUAGUUAUUGAAAAGAUUGACGUAGCAUAGGAGACGAGUCUUUCCUUCCCUUUCCCUGCUUGGUAAGAACUGGAAGCCUUCUGAUCGAUCUCUCUCACUCUCCUUUUUUAUCUCUCUAUCUCUCCGCUUUUCAAGGUACUGCUCCUUCGUAAGCCAUACCACCUACCAUCGCCAGUUCGCCACUCCUCUCUCUCUCUCUCUCUUUCUUUCUCUCUCUGUGUGUGUAUUCCUCUCUUCGGCCCUGAUCGCGAGUUUGUCUCUGUGUCACUUUGCACGGGCGAGAGGGGAAUAGAGAAAUGGUGGACUCGGAGAAGGUGGCUGGUGCACUCAACGUGGACGAGUUCCUGAGACAGUGUCAGCCCUCCGGCGAUGCUGCCUAUAAUGCCUUCAAGUCGCUCCUGGAGAUGCUGGAGUCCUCCGCGACACGCUCUCAGGCUCGAGCCUUCUUGACGGCCUUGCAGAAGCGCUUCGGCCACUCAAAGGAUGCGUCAGCCAGCUGCUUCGACAUCUACCACUUCCGCAUUCACGACGUUCUCCUCUCCGACAACCAAGGGCUUCAGGAAAGGAAAAAAAUGACCAUGUUAGAGAUUCCUAGUAUUUUCAUUCCAGAAGAUUGGUCCUUCACUUUCUAUGAAGGAAUCAACAGACACCCCAACGAUAUAUUUAAGGACAAGACUGUUGCGGAGCUUGGCUGUGGCAACGGAUGGAUUUCUAUUGCGCUUGCUGAAAAGUGGUCUCCUUUAAAGGUAUAUGGUCUUGACAUAAAUCCAAGAGCAGUUAAAGUUGCAUGGAUAAAUCUGUAUCUGAAUGCCUUGGAUGAGAAUGGGAGCUUUAUAUAUGACAACGAAGGGAAAACUUUGCUUGACAGAGUGGAGUUUCAUGAGUCAGACUUGCUUGCAUAUUGUAGAGAUCAUGCUAUAGAGCUAGAUCGUAUUGUGGGAUGCAUACCACAGAUUCUAAAUCCAAAUCCCGAGGCCAUGUCAAAGAUGAUAACAGAAAACGCGAGUGAGGAGUUUCUAUAUUCGUUAAGCAAUUACUGUGCACUCCAGGGGUUUGUUGAGGAUCAAUUUGGAUUGGGUUUGAUUGCAAGGGCUGUUGAAGAAGGAAUAGCUGUCAUUAAGCCAUUGGGCAUUAUGGUCUUUAACAUUGGGGGACGUCCAGGACAGGGUGUUUGUAAGAGGCUCUUUGAGCGCAGAGGUUUCCGGAUUACAAAGCUUUGGCAGACAAAAGUGAUCCAGGCUGCUGAUACAGAUAUUUCAGCUCUAGUUGAGAUUGAGAAGAACAGUCAUCAUCGUUUUGAAUUUUUCAUGGGCCUUGUUGGAAAUCAGCCUAUCUGUGCUCGUACAGCCUGGGCAUAUGGAAAAUCUGGUGGGCCCAUAUCACAUGCUUUAUCAGUCUACAGUUGCCAACUCCGUCAACCAAGUCAGGUCAAAGUAAUUGUUGACUUUAUCAAGAAUGGUUUCCAAGAGAUCAGCAAUUCUUUAGAUUUAUCCUUUGAAGAUGAUUCUGUAGCAGAUGAGAAGAUUCCUUUUCUAGCUUAUCUCGCCAAAAUUCUAAAAGAGAACACAUUUUUUCCAUAUGAGCCUCCAUCUGGAAGUACACAGUUCCGCAAACUUGUAGCAAGCUUCAUGCGGACGUACCAUCACGUUCCACUAAAUAUCAAUAAUGUUGUCAUAUUUCCAUCAAGGGCUGUGGCGAUCGAAGAUGCACUCCGACUUUUUUCACCCCGUCUAGCCAUUGUGGAUCAAUAUCUGACCAAACACUUGCCGAAGAAAUGGUUGACAUCUUUGGCAAUAGAGGGAACAAAUUGUAUAGCUGAUGACAAGCAUGAAGAAGAUGUGAUAACAGUGAUUGAAGCACCACGUCAAUCUGAUCUUUUGAUUGAGUUGAUUAAGAAAUUAAAACCACAAGUUGUGAUCACUGGCAUGGCAGAAUUUGAAGUUGUUACUAGUACAGCAUUUGAGCAACUGCUAGAUACAACAAGGGAGACUGGAUCUCGGCUCUUCUUAGACAUAUCUGAUCAUCUUGAGCUUUCUAGUCUUCCUGGUUCUAAUGGGGUUCUAAAGUACCUUGCUGGCAAUGUUUUACCCUCACAUGCAGCAAUCUUUUGUGGCCUUCUUAAAAAUCAGGUUUAUUCGGAUUUGGAAGUGGCUUUUGUCAUUUGUGAGGAAGGAUCUAUUUUCAGUGCAUUGUCUAAGACAGUUGAACUACUUGAAGGCCAUACAGCUUUAUUUAGCCAGUACUAUUAUGGUUGUCUUUUCCAUGAGCUUCUGUCCUUUCAGCUUUCUGAUCGCCGUCCUAUAGUGCAGAGGGAACACAAGAACGAGUCAACUGCAAUGAUUGGUUUUACAAAAUCUGCCAUUACGGCUUUUAAUGAUGCUGAGCUCUCUGUGAAUAGAACCAAGGAUACACAACUGAUACACAUGGAUGUUGAUCACAGUUCUUUACCAAUUCCUCUGGCCAUUAAAGGUGCCAUCUUUGAAAGUUUUGCAAGGCAGAACAUGACAGAGCAAGAGACUGAUGUUGGUGAGGAGAUUCAACUGUUUAUAAAUGAAAAUUAUGGGUUUGUUAUGCAUAACGCCUCUGAGUUGGUUUAUGGGGAUUGCCCUCUAGCUUUGUUCAAUAAAUUGAUCCUUUGCUGUAAUGAAGAAGGUGGAACCCUCUGUUUUCCUGCUGGCUGCAACGGAAACUAUAUGUCUGCAGCAAAGUUUAUGAAAACCAAUUUUGCCACCAUCCCAACAACAAAAGACAAUGGAUUCAAGCUCAGCGACAGGAUAUUAACUAAUUUCUUGGGGACUGUAAACAAACCAUGGAUAUACAUUUCAGGGCCAACUGUCAGCCCCACAGGCUCCAUUUACGGAAACGAGGAAAUGAAAGGUAUUCUUUCAGUUUGUGCACGAUUCGGAGCCAGGGUGGUGAUAGACACUUCAUUCUCUGGGUUGGAGUUCAACACUGGGGACAUGGACAAGUGGAAUCUGGACGACAUAUUCAUGGAGAUGAAGAAACCUAACCCACAUUUCUCUGUUUGUCUUCUUGGUGGACUCUCCUCUGGGAUGCUGAGAGGGGGACUGGACUUUGGAUUUUUGGUUAUCAACGACCCUCUUCUAAUUGAAGUACUCCACAGUUUCCCAGGCUUGAGCAAGCCACACAGUACCAUGAGGUAUGCUAUAAAGAAGUUGUUGAGCAUGAGAUGCCGGCAAGAAACAAGCUUUUCAGAGGCCAUUUCAGAACUGAAAGCAAUUCUUAAGGCCAGAGUAAUACGUUUGAAAGAGACACUAGGACAUUGUGGGUGGAAUGUGCUAGAGUGCUACGGUGGAGUAUCUGUGAUGGCAGAACCAUCUGCCUAUUUCGGAAAAUCUGUCACACUGAACGGCUUGGAAGAUAAUGGUAGCACCAAUGUCAUGCUUAGCCAAUCAAACAUCAGGGAGACGAUCCUCAAAGCCACAGGACUGUGCAUUAACAGCAGUUCAUGGACUGGGGUGCCGGGGUAUUGCCGUCUAACAGUUGCCUUACAGGAAGCAGAGUUUGAAAGUGCACUACGAAGUAUCAUGCACUUCAAAGAGCUAGUCCUUGGAAAAUGAGUGGCCAGUAUUUAGCAUCUCGCCUAUGCUGGCACCAUUGGUCUAGAAAGCUAGAUUGACGUGCUAUAUCAAGCUCCUCAAUAAUAAAUACUGAAAAUUUCUCCAUCAGCAAAACACAAAUGUUCAUGGUAAUAUUAUGUCCUUUUUAAUGUGA